AUGACUUCAUCAGCUGUCACACCAUAUAGAAUUCUCGGAGUGGACAAAACUUGUAACGAUUUUCAAUUGAGGGAUGCUUAUCGUAACCUUAUUCAUCAAUUAAAAGCAGAUCGACAGAAAUCUCCUGAAAAUCGUACGAUUACAGCGGAGCAAUUCCGAAAAAUUUGUCGUGCCUAUGAAACAUUAUCCGAUCACGAUAAACGACAGCUAUAUAAUGAUCAACAAAAAUGGAUUUUUGAUUUACAUAAAUCAAAAUAUUCACUGCAACAGUUAGCAGCAGAACCUGAUCUUGCAUCAGAAUUGAAGCAACGGUUGGAAAAUAUGAAAUUAAAAGAAAUUAAUGCACAAGAUUCGGUAACGGGUCAUACGCCGCUGUAUUGUGCAGCACGUGCUUGUAAUGUUGAAGGUGUAUACAGUUUAAUAGAACAAGGUGCGGAUCCAGAUUUACCACAGCGAACUGGUAGCACAGCUUUACAUGUGGCUGCAUUCUAUGGGCAUCCUGAAAUAGUUCGCUGUCUAUUAGAAUGUGGAGCCAAUUAUCAUUUAGAAAAUGAUCAUGGAAACAUGCCUGAAGACGAAGCUUACGAUGAUGAGGUUAACAACGUUUUUGCUGAAUUAAAACAAAAGCCUUUUAUUCAAGCAGCGACUAAUCAACUUGCUUGGUUCAAAAGCAACAUCCAGAAUAUUCGAGAACAUAUUGAUACACAAUAUCAUACUCAACGACAGACAUUACUUCAGUGUGCAUGUAAAAAAGGUUAUUUCGAACUUGCUAAAUGGCUCAUUGAAGAACGUUCAGCUAAACUCGAUAUUGUUGACAUCAAUUUAAAUUCAGCUCUACAUCUUGCUGCCUAUGGUGGACAUGAAUCGAUUGUUGAAUAUCUUCUCAAUCAAGGAGCAAACUCUACUCUAAUCAAUAAAUGGGGUAUGACAGCUGAACAAGAAGGCAUAACUAGAGGUAAAAGAAUUACCAACUUGUUUCGAUCAAUGCGAGAACAGAAUAUGUUUCAAAUGGCAAUUCAUGGUGUUGAUUGGUGGUUUCAGUAUCAUUUUGAUGGCAAUAAACGUGAUGCUGUCGAUGGCCAGGGUACAAGUUUACUCUAUCUUGCAUGUCAUUUUGGUAAAACAAAUGUUGCAAAAGUUCUUUUAGACAAAGGUGCUAACAUUAAUGUACAAAUACCUGGUAAACGUAGUACACCAUUACAUGGUGCUGCUUUUCAUGGACAUAUAUCCACAGUCGAGCUAUUGAUCUCUAGAGGUGCUGAUCUUAGUAUUAGGAAUCAAUACGAUGCUACAGCAUUGGAGGAAGCUAGCAGUGAAAAAAUUAAAAAAAUUUUAAAAGAAUAUCAAAAUAAUUUAGCAGUUGACAAAUACAUUCCUGUACAUUUGUAUGGUGAUGGUAGGACUUCUGGAUUUGAUCCAAUUAUAAAAGUGCAAUUACAUUGUGAUGCAACAAUAAAUGAUCUCAUAACAGCUAUUCCAGAUCCAUAUCGUGGUAAAUAUCGAUGGUUCUCAAUAGCAAGAAGUCCAUUAACUUUUGAGAAUGAAAAUACAACAUUGAUAUCAGCGGUGUGUCGUGCUCGUUGUGUAAGCUCGAAAUUCGUAGAUUUGCCUAUAUGUCUCAUUACUUAUGAUUCUCCUCGCUAUAUGAAUAGUGGUUAUACACAAAGAGAUGAACUUCCAAAACUAAACUUACGUACUUUUCACGGCAUAUUUGAAUCAAAAGGGGAAGAUGCACUGUUUCAAAUAAAAGCAGCAUCGAGUGAGGUACAAACUUGCACAAUUAAAAAUUUAUCAUUCACUUUUGCGUCUGGUUGUGCCAAAACAAACACUUCGAUUGAAGUAAAAUACAUAUUUGAACCAGAUGUCAAACAUUUCCAUCUGCCUGAAUGUGUUUGUUUAUUCCAAAUGAGUUAUACUAAUAAGACUGAUAAGUUAGAUGAUAUGCCAAUAGUGACAGUCAAUAAUGAAAAAAAUGUGAAAUUAUAUACGUGGUUACCAAAUUCUGCCUAUUGGUUUUCCUACAGCAAUCAACAUAACCGCUUAUCUCGUAUCGGUGGUUUGUAUGCUUUGGUUCGUCAUGUGGAAAUAUUUUCUGACGCACUAUGCCUUCCACCAGACAUGUUCAUUCAAGCUGCUGUUGGGCAAAAGUUUCAAUUACGUCAAACUCCAGUAAAAUGUCAAUAUCUGAAGAUAUGUGAUUAUGAUCCGAAAAAUUUUCCUCACACUGCUUAUCAUGGUACGUCUAUCAAUGUUAUUCGAUCGAUACUCAUGGAUGGUCUGGUAAUGCCAAGUACAAUCGUCUCUAAUGGUUUUCGUGUUUGCCCACCUGACAAUCAUAUUGCACGAGGAGAUGAAGCUUUCGGUAUUGAAGAUUUCGCUAAUGCAAUAUUUGUUAGUCCUAGUAUUCAUUACUGUUCAGAUCCAGUGUAUGCUGUGACAUUUUCUCACAAUGAUCAACGUAUGAUAGCAGUGCUACAAUGUCAAGUGAAGAAAGGCGCAUUUCGUGCUUUUCCAAGUACUGUAGAAUCAUAUAAGGCACAUCCAGACGACGAUAUCGACGCCAUUGAAUGGCGAAUAACAUGCCCAGCAGCUAUUCUAAUCAUUGGGAUAUUGUUUAUUCCAGUUAUCAAAUCACGAACUGAAGCUGCUCGACUACGAGCCAAUAAAUUAGAAGUUGAUCUUAAUGCUCUCGGAUGA